AUGAUUCCAGGAAGAGAGAUGGGUCAACUCAAGGAGAAUGGCUGGCUUGGUCGGGAUGAGGUAGUGCGUGAUAUAAAGUGCUUGAAUCGAUGCAAUCAUCGUCUGGAUAUGGGGAUGGACAUGAUGCACAAGUCGUUUGGGAGCAUCGGCGUCCCGUCAGUCAUGGAACGGAACGACUUGAAGCGAUUCUGCCUCCUCGAUCAGGAGCACACCCAAUGCGUCGAGGAGUGCGGUUACAUUGUGCGGUUCAAUCUCAGGGAGUACGUUUGCAAAAGACGAUUCGAAGAGAACGAGAUGAAGAAACACUUCUGGAAAAAUCAACGCUGA